AUGGCCGCUGGUACCAGUCAUCUGCUGUCUGCUGCCAUCGACUUUGGAACAACAUUCUCUGGAUAUGCAUUCUCCACCAAGAACGACUUCUUGUCCAAUCCCCAAAACGUGUCAUCAUUCACGUGGUCGGCUGGUUCUGGAUGCCUCCAAUCCCUAAAGACAUCAACGUGUGUACUAUUUGACCCUAAAGGCAAUUUCCAUUCCUUUGGUUUCGAAGCGGAGGACAAAUACUGCGAUUUAGCAUAUGACAAUCUCCACAAAGACUGGUAUUAUUUCAGGAGGUUCAAGAUGGUUCUGUACCACCAAAAGGAACUAAACAGAAAGUUCCAUAUAAAGUCCCUUGAUGGCAAGACGAUGCCUGCAAUGAAGGUAUUUUCAUCGGCUAUUUGCUACCUAAAAAAACAUCUCUUAAACACAAGUCAGAUGCGUGGGGCAGACGUGCAGAUGUCCGACAUUGCAUGGGUGUUGACUGUACCGGCGAUAUGGAGCGAUCCCGCAAAGCAGUUUAUGAGAGAGGCAGCAGUGGAGGCAGGCAUACCAAACAACCAGUUACAGUUAUCCCUGGAGCCUGAAGCAGCCUCUUUAUACUGUAAACAUCUCCAAGUGCUAUUGUCGGGUGACAAUUUGACAGUGUUCAGGAAUGGAUCCAAAUAUAUGGUUUUGGAUGCUGGAGGAGGCACUAUCGACAUUACUGUCCAUGAAGUGAAGCCAGGAGGAACACUUCGGGAAUUAUACAAAGCCAAUGGUGGAGACUGGGGAGGAACGAAAGUGGACGAGGAAUUUGAACGUCUGCUUAGUGAUAUUUUAGGACAAAAAACGUUCGAUGCCUUCCAAAAGGAAUGUGUACCAGAUCUGCUAGAAAUGCAUCGAAGUUUUGAAGUAAAAAAGAGAUCCAUUAAGGCCACAGGUGACGACAAAGUUACUUUCUCUGUUCCUGUAAACCUGCUGGAGACAUUUAAACGAUUCAAUCCAGGAGUUGUAAUAAGCAACGUGAUUGCUAAUAAUUCCAAAUAUUCGGGCGACGUGACAUGGUCAGGAGACAAACUCCGUAUAUCUGCCAACCUAGCACGACGUCUCUUUAAAUCCUCUCUCGACAGUAUUUGUGGUCAGGUACAGAUGCUCCUUGGGCUUCCCGAGCUGUCCGGCGUGACAGCCAUCUUAAUGUUAGGAGGGUAUUCGGAGUGUCCCCUACUACAAAAUGCCAUCAAAAUUACAUGUCCAAAUUUGCGAUUGAUUGUUCCAAGAGAUGCUGGUCUAGUUGUCCUUAAUGGUGCUGUGAUCAACGGUCAUACUCCAUCUACCAUAUCAGAACGUGUUUGCAAGUUUACUUAUGGGGCUAGAUGCAGAAGAAAGUUCAUAGAGGGGUUUCACAAAGAGGAGUACAAGACCACUAGCAUUAGAGGAGUAAGAUGCAAUAACGUAUUUGAAGUGCAUGCCAGAAUGGGAGAUUCCAUUCAUAUAGGGCAAGCAUGCAAGCCAUCUAAACAUGUAGUCGUUAGUGAAAAUCAAAAACGUAUGCAAAUAGGAAUCUAUGCCUCGAAUAAAAGCGAGCCGCUUUACGUCACCGAUCCGGGGUGCCAAAAACUUGGAGACAUCGUCAUUGACAUGCCUGACACAACUAACGGAAUUAAAAGAGGAAACAACGUCAGCAUGACAUUUGGUGGUACAGAAAUAGAGGUGAAUGCGGUAGAUAUUGAUACCGGCAAGAAACAUCGAGCAUUCUUCAACUUCUUGGGAUAAGUGACCAAAAUGCACAGCCUACAAUACAACUGAGCAUUGCAAGGCUAACAAGGACAGUUGGUGCCUUCUUU